AUGCCUCUCUCAAGAGAAGAUGAAAUCACCCCUUCGUCGGGAUUAGAAGUAGAUCGUACGGCCACUUUAUCAACUGGUAGUAGUGGAAGAGCUUCACCGGCUCGGACCGCCGUAGAUGUUAACGCAGUGGGUAAUGGGAAAGAAGGAAAGGAAGGGAAAGAAUGGGAUGAACAAACUGCUAGAACGGAUGAAGAGACUUUGAGGACUGUAGGUAGAGUGGGAGGACAAGCAGAGAUACAGUUAAGUCAAAAGAGAAAAUGGUUUUUACUUUUCAUUUUCGCCGUUGCUCAAUACCUCGAUAUCGCUUCUUAUUCCGGUCUAUUCAUAUUCACCGACGCAAUCCUAAACGACCUUGGUAUCCUCUACGAAUCCUCUUCAUGGAUCAUCACAGCUUAUUCGGUCACUUUCGCAGCUUUUUUGCUUUUCUGGGGAAGAGUGUCCGAUUUAUAUUCUGCAAAACCAGUCUUCGCAUGGGGUUUCUUAGGAUUAGGAAUAACCAAUUUAAUCAUCUCCUUCAUGCCUAAUCAAUACGCUUAUUUCGUUUUCAGAGCCAUCAGUGGUAUAGCUGGAGCAGCGACGAUACCUUCUGCUUUCAGAUUGAUUUUGGCAAUCUUCGAACCUUCCGAAUUACAUAUCGCUUUGACUUUGUUUGGACUUUCUGGAGCUUUAGCCAAUGUGACUGGUUUGGUAUUAGGAGGUUUAUUCGGUUUUAUAACUGCCGGUGGACAAAUGUCAGCUUGGAGAUGGUUUUUCCGUUUCAUCACAAUCAUCAUCGUACCAUUCUCCUUCGCAGCAUUCGCUCUCGUUCCCAAAACCCGUGGUGACAGAGCAGGAGAAGUCACAACCAGUCGAGAAAAAUUCAGACGUCUCGACAUUGUCGGUUCUUUCGCAAUGUUAUCAUCGGUAAUCCUUCUCAUUCUCGGUCUUACCCUCGGUGCAUCAUACGGUUUCAAAACUGCAAAAUUCCUAGUCCCAUUCUUACUCUCUUGGCCGAUUUUCGUAUUGUUCUUCAUUUGGGAAGCCCGUCUUCCAGAAGGAUACGCUUUGAUCCCCCCGAGUUUUUGGAGAAUACCAAAUAUGACUUUAUUGAUCGUUUUCGCUUUGGCUAUUUAUCCUUGGUGGGCUGUGAAUCAAUUACCUUUGGUGGAAAGGUUUUUGGCUGUGUUUGGGGAGAAACCUAUCAUUGCGGCAGUUAGAAUGUUACCUCAGGGUAUUGCUGCUUUGUUGACUGCUUUCAUAAUUCCUCCCGCAUUGGAAAAACUCGGUUCCCCACGUAUCCCCAUAUCACUCGGUAUGCUACUCGGAGGUGUCUCUUACAUCCUCAUGAUCUUCACUCCUAAUGGUGAUGUUCAUCAUAACGAAUAUUGGCGUUGGACUUUCCCUGCGUUCAUCAUCGGAUCAGGAGCAGCUAUGAUGUCUUUCUUAGGUACGAAUAUCACAGUGAUGACUUCUGUUCCUCCUCAAAUGUCAGGUGUGGCAGGUGCUUUACUUCAGGUCUCUCUACAAGUAGGCGCCGUCAUUGGUCUUUCCGUUCAAGCUGGUCUCCUCACUAGAGAACCUGGAAGUUUUAUGAAUUACGCCAAUGUUCAAGCUAGUUUCUGGUUUCAAGCAGGAUGGAGUUUCCUCAACAUGAUCGCUUUCUUAAUAUUUUUCCGUCCCCAGAAAAAAACGAAUGGUGAGACUGAAGGGACCGAUGGGGAGAAAGUACCAGUGGUAGUCGUCUAG